UUGUUAUUCAUUGGUGAAUACUAAAUUAAAAUAAAAUUUAAAUGACCUUCUAUUAAACGAAAAUAAAAUACAAAAUUGUUCAAACCACCUAAUCUUUCUUUUAUGUAAAACCACUUACUCCCCUUCAAGAUACAACCCAUCACCGAUCGAGCUACCACGGCCACCGUGUUUCCUUCGGCUGGUUAUUGCCGCCGGCGUCCACACUCCACCACCGAUUGAAAGAAGAUGGGGCGCCAUAAUUUAUCAGUGAUUCUAUUUCCUAACAUGUUUGGUGAUUGGUAGGUUGUUAUUGUUGUUGUUGCUUCGCUAGGCACGCUCGCGGUUCUGUUUUGCAGAUAUCUUAGAGAUAAAAGAUGCCACAUAGAACAAGGCCCAUGACAGCUCUUUUGCUGUUUACUGGACUCAACGUCAUCUUGGUGUCAACUAUUACUCCAGUCUAUGACUUUGUGUGCUUCCAUCCUUACUGGGAAAGAAGGAGGGAACAGCGCCGACAGAAUCCUGAAGCUGCAUUAACGAAGGGUUCUGCAUGAACAAAGAAAAGUCUUUGAGGUCAGAGAUGAUUGAUCUUAAAUCAAUGUGAAACAAUUUAUGAUGUGAUUCCCUUACAAGUAGAAAAUACUGGGCUUUCGCAGGAGAAGACAAGAUGAGCUGAGAAGUCUUAUCUAUAUAUGAACCCUCUUCAUCAUGGACAGUUAAUUUUUAUUGAAAAAUUUGGAACUCUUUCUCACAGACUAUGCAAGAUCCUUGGGAAAUGCGAAAACCAUUUUUCCCUGAAAGAUUACCAUAUUUUGAAGGGCUAUGGUUUAGCAAAUACUUUCUUUAGUUGGUGAAAUGCUAAAUUCUAAUGUAAGUUGCAGAGAAGGAAUAAUGUAUGGCAUUUUAUUUUCCAUACCGGUUGCAAUGGCAGACUUGUUUCGAUGAGAAUUAUGAUUGAACAAAUCAUGCAGGACUUAAAAAGCAAUGUGGCUGAAUUUAUUUGUAAUUAUUGGAAA